AUGUACGAGGCUAGAGGGCACAAAUCUGUGAAAGAGUUUGCCCGCGAAAGGAAGGAACAGUGGCGCGAAACUGUCACGGCGUGGUCGUUUGCCGUGGUGCUUCCUCCCCUGCCGGACGCGUCUUUGACCCGGUCCUUCCUGAAAGAGCGCCGUGUGUACGCUCUUCCUAUUUCGCAAUCAUCACAACAGGUCGUCUUGCUUUUGUACGACUUCUUGUCACCUUCAUCUUCUCCUGAAGCUCACCGGCUGCCAUUGAACGACCUCAGCGCAUGCAAAAGGGAGAGCUCUCCGCUGGAACCGAACCAGGUCCACAAGGACAUAGCCUUCCCUGGUAGCUCGGACGAAACGCAGAUCGCUGACCUGACCCGCAUGCCUUUGCAAUUUCUUUUAAUUGACGACAGCAAACGAGACAAAAGCUGCCGACACCUUUCGUUGUCGACAUUGCCACUUUGUCUUUGUCGGGUCCCGCCCUCUCUCUCGCAUACGUUGUUUGUUACUGAAAUCUGCUUACCACGGCCUUCCCGUUUAAUCAGAACGCAAACACGCCGAUUGACGCUCGUGGCGCGUUUCAAUACGAACGACAUACUCCGUAUUUAUGCUUUUUCUCGCGCAUCCUAUACACCGCGGACGGCCCCGGCUGCAUUUCGCAAUCGACAAACCGCCAGCAACGAGCGCAUUGAGGCCAAUGCUGCAAUAGACUCGCUGACCGAGUCGCCGAGCCAUCUCACAACUCGAGACAAAGAGACCCGUGUUCCCCCCCAAACCGCAAACCAACGCCAGCGAACACCCGUCGAAGCGUCUCUCUACCUCCCUCCCCCCGACGGCCGUUGGCAUCUCCAAGUCAUGUUGGCACGGGCAGCAUCCCCAUUGGUCAACAUCAGCGGAGGCUGUUGCGCACCCGGUUGCGCGUGGGCUCAAUUGGCGGAGGAGGACAAGGAGGACGAGGAGGACGAGGAGGACGAGCAGGUGUUGACCACGAGACGGACACUGCACGUACGCCACGUACCGAGAUCGAGACGAGAGCACGAGACGCGAUCCCGUUCCCAGCCAUCCCCAUUUACCAUCAGUCGCAUCCUCAUCCCCUGCGAAUUGGGACGACUUACCUUACCACUGCUCUCGGCCUCGCGAUCCCAGACCGACAUUUUGACCUGGCCACUCGCUUCUAAACGAUUCCCCCUCGCCUCACACACUUGGCCGCCGUUCCUGCGGCCGCAGUCCACUUCGCUGUCACGCCGAGCCAAUUCCCAACGUCCAGCUGUGCAUUUCCGAUUGCAGCGAAGCUCUUCCAAACUCUUGCACAGCUCUUUCAUUGGCCGACUCUCGGUGCUGUUCUUUUUCUUCCUCCUCUUUUCCGUCAGCAGCUCCCUUGCUUGGUGGUGUGCAAGGAAUAGCAAUACGUCGCAGAGGUCCAACCAGGCCAGCUCAGCCCAGGCGGCCCAGCAGCAACAGCCUAUUGUGAGCUUGCAAAACUUCCUGUCCUCUCCACCCACACUUGGCACUACCCACUCUGCCACUCCCGCACCCAUACCCCUGUAUCGUGUCCGUCCCGUGCUAGCACAGGGCCGUUUUUGGGCGCGCGUUCUCCCGCCACCUCUUCCCAGCCUCCCCAAUUAA